AAAAACUUCAAUUGAAUUGUCAUUUAAAUAGUAAUUACUUUUAAAAAAUAAAAAAGUUUUUAUUUGUGUUGAAUUAACCAAACAUUUUGAAUACAUUUCAUAUACACGCAUAUGUGAUGACCAGUUUCAGGUGAUAAUACCAUUGACAUCAAUCUCAACACUAUAGUGUCCACACAGAUAUAUCUUCAUCAUCACCAAUCAAUCAGAUCAGCUGAAGAUAUAUGGCUGGCUAUCAUCAGAACGAACGGCUGAAGAAGUUGGACGUAAUUGAACAGCAAUUAUGUCAGUCGAUACAGUCGGCUUCGGCCGCAUUGGCCGAACUGGGCAAAGACAAGCCAAGUAUCAAACAAGUGGAGACACAGAGUACACAGUUUCUGAAAGCCCUGGAAUCGAUUGACAACGAUAUUAGCAAACAGAUCCAGUACUUGACACGGGUUAGUACUGGUCAGGCGCACGAAGGAUCCAGUUAUGCGUCGAUGAAAGUCAAUCAUAUGGCUUGGCAUCGGUUGGAACAUUCGAGGACACGGCUGAACGAUUUGGACAGACUUCGGGUCCAGCAUCAGCUACAACAUCAACAUCAUCAGCAACAGCAACAACAACCACCACCACAACAACAACCACAACAAUAGUCUUUCAAAAACAUUUAACUAAACAUUUUUAU